AUGAAUAUUCGAGCGUUUCGGCGCAAGCGCCUGCUCGCCUAUGCGGUAUGGAUGUAUUCGAUGGAAAAGACCUUCUGCUUUCUUGGACCUGGAGGUUAUCCACUCGCCUCUCCAUCUGUUGUGCCAGACGUGCCGAAUUCUUCUCCAAACACUCUGCCACCUGGAGACGUUGAUGUACCGCGUAUUGUUUUUGCUGCCUUCGAGUACUCGGUGGCUCCUUACCGGAACAAGCUGAAGCGUAUCGUCGAAGAGCUGGGGGUCCGAAAAGACCAGGCGCCAGACGAGCAGAUGAAGUCCGCAUUCUCUCGUAUUGAUAGCCAACUUGGCGGCGUUAUAGCUCAAUGGGACCGGUUCAUAGAACAGUGUAAGACUUAUGCCAUCAAGGCCGUCGAUUCUCCAGAGGGCAGAACCUUCGUACUGGAAUCAUGGCACAUGCGCCAUUUGGAAGAUUUCGAAGAUGAGGUGGAUCAGCUAUAUGAGGAUUGGAAGAACGAUUCUCUGGCUGAGUGGCUACGCAAGAUUGACAGCAUCUGA